AUGGUGGCCGAACUGACGGGCAUUGCCGUUGGGAACGCGGAACGUAAAACAGCCACGGUUGAUCCUGAGAAGCUCAGGUGCUCGUGGAAGCCUAAUUCGAGGAACAGGCCCAGAUGGAUUCAAGCGGCGACGCGCGAGCCGAUAUACAGCGUCCUUGACAGCGACGAAACGCCGGCGGCGACGCCGACUGGCAUUCUACCGGUAGGUGUCAAGAGCAAGGUAGUGGUGAUCAGCGCAGUGAAAAGUGACAAACCGCGUAAAAACGACUUGGACGUACCCUCGAAUACGCACAGGGAGCUACCCUACGUCUGGCUACCGACUGAUUCUCAGAAUAAAACUAACUUUCAGGGGAGCACUGUGCUCGACGCGGAGGACAACGAGCCUCUUUACAGCGUGGUGAAGAAGCCGAAAAAGGUUAAAUUGGCAGAAAUUCAAAUUAACUCGCCGGAGAAGAAACUUGAGCCGAUCAAGGAUCGGUCGAUUAACGACGAAAAGCAUAUCCACCUGGAGGGUCGUUCGCGGCAGGAGGAGUUGAAGAGGUGGCUGCAGGUAGCGUCGAAACAGCUUCCAGAGCCGCGACGUCUGUUCAAUCUCGGUGAAAUGUACCCCAGCCACAUGGCUGAGCUAGAUCGUCAGCAACUGGAUUGGCAAAAGCCAGUUUCGAUGCCUCGAGGGAUCGUCGGUCUGGUUGGACCUUACAGGGUGUAUCAGAAUCCCAACGAAAGAAGGGAGUAUAUGCUCCAGGAGGAGGAACUGAUAGAGGAAGUGGUCGAUUCCGUGAGUGAAAUCGCUACGCGUGAAAACAACGUCGCCGAGCACCAUCAGAGAGCCAAAUGGAGGAUAAGGGAGGAGGACGAGGAGACCUUGGUGCCUGACAUUCGCGAUAUCCCUGACCUGGAGGAUUUCGCGAUGCAAACGGAGAACACGGAGAUGUCCCAGUGGAAGAAGAUCGACGACCAGACCACGGUCGAGUACGAUCAGAAUGACGCCGACGCGUCCAAGACGAUCCAGGAGGAAUUCGAAGAAGGGAACCUCAGCGGCGUUGUAUCUGGAAAGGAGGAACGCGCGGUUGACGUUCCCGAAGAACCAUCCACUGCAUCCACGUCGUCGCUGAAUGAGAAAAAGGCCAGCAAUGAGCAGCACGACAAGGACAGCCUGAACGAAACGGGAAGCACAACGGGUGGCACCGUGGAGGGUGCACCCGGAGGUGCCCCUAGCAGGGGUGAAAGAAUCACGGACACCGAGACCACGCCAGCUGACGCGACCAGGUCUGCUGCACCCUCCAGGUCCUUGGUCUCCAGGAUCCUUUCCAGGGCACGCUCCUCGAGCGACCUGUUGGAUCACUCCGAACCCUUUUCCCAGUUAUGGGUCGUCCUUUCGAACGUUUACGGUCAGCUGGUCGUGGUUCUGAUGAUAUCUCUGUGCUUGGCAGAAGUCAUGGACACGCCUGUGCCCCUUCUCAGUUUGCAAGGCGUGUUUCUGAUGUACCUGUACGUGGGAAGCAUAGCGGUGAUCAUCAGUAUCUAUAUAUGGGUGUUGGUGGACAGCUGCGGAAGUCUCGGGAGCGGUGCUGCUGGGGUUGACGACGCGGAACUCGGUGGCGCCUCUUUGACCAGGUUCGGGUCCUUGAAACGAGCGCACAUCUCGCGAUCCAGAACAGCACCGACAAGUUUCUACAUCAGGGUUGGAGCCCUCCUGUUUGGCUUGGCGACCCUCGUCUUCAACGGUCUAGAAAUGGCUAUGCACUCGAUGAUGCAGGGCGCCGAGUGUCUGAGCGACGUCGUCUUUGUGCACCCAGUUCUCCAUGGGCUCUUCACAUUCCUGCAGAUGCACUUCUUGUUCGUCAACUCGCAGGUCCUUGUAGAAAGAUUUGGCUUAGCAGCGAGGUUUGGGUUUGUUCACCUGGCGGCCACGAACAUAGCCGUUUGGAUUAGGAUGGUGAUCUGGGAUUCUGCUCAAGAAUGGACGUAUUUCGUCCACCUGGCGCAACGAGGUUUGCAUAAUUCUGCUUCUCCGUUGAACCUUCGAGGAUUUCCAGAGUCCCUGAUAAGGCAUCCUAGAGAUUUACGAGAACAUACCGUGCCGGACAAAAGCGUCUUUCAACCGUACCAGCCCAUCUCAAACGAACAAAUCUCCCAGGUAAUCGGUCUACAAGAAUGUCUGAACACAAACACUCUGGGCCAACUAUGGACGUCGAGCAUGCCAUUCCUUUAUCCAUUUAUCGUGCAAUUCAGCUUGAUCGCAGCUGCAGUGACAUUUGUAAUGGGUCAGAACGUGGGGCGCAAUCGGUUUUCGCACAAGCAAAAGUUUCACGGGAGUAAGGACUUGACGAGUCACACGAAGGUUGGAUGCGAUGGUUCCAGCAAAGGUUUAUUCCUCGGCAUACUUUGCAUGGUGACAGGCAUAGUAGUAAUCCUGAUAUUCCUCGUCGUAAGGGAGGACGAACACUUCCCGUCGACCACUCUGUCUUGGCUAACGUGCGGUACCUUGAUCGGUAUUCUAACGUUGAGCAGUCUGAUGACGGCCAGCGGGCUCGUGCAAGUUCGUCAGAUGUCCGUGGUUACCAAAACGCCAGCGGCGUUGGAUAGUUUACUGUCGAACGUGGCUCUGUUCGGUGUUCAGAUCUACUCCGUGUUCACGAUCGUGGUUUCUGCCUGUUCCUUGGCCAUACUGGAGAACGAAUCCGAAGACACUCGCGGAAGACACAUGAUGCUGCUCGCAGCCUCUAUUCUGCAGCUGAUUCAGUGUUUCGCGCAGAGCACGUUGAUAGCAGAGGCGUCGAAACGGUCUUGCAUCACUCGUUUCCAGAUAAUAGCAAAGCCAGCCAGGCAGGUGAUCACUUUCUUGCUGUUCAGCAAUUCGGUAUUGUGGGCCUUCGACACGGUGGUCACGCAGAAUUGGAUCUCGCAAGAGCUGCAGCUUAGAUUCUUCGGGGUGCUCGCUUGGGGCGUGAUAUCCAGAAUCGGGCUCCCUUUGUUGAUCUUUUACCGGUUCCACAGUUGCGUGCUGCUCCUAGAGGCGUGGAACAAGUGUUAUAGAAUGCCGAGGGGAGAGCAUCCGCUCAACUGACGACACAGAAUGUCACACCCAUAUUCUUCUAGACAGCAGCCGAGGUCGCGCAGUUCUUACCGCGGCAGGAAGGUGACAAUCAACCUGCAGCAGGACAACGAAUGGUCCUCCACGCUCCAGGGAACUCCAAAGAGGUUGUUCAGCCCGAGUUCGUUGAUAAUGGAUUCAGUG